CCUCCACUGUCAAGUUGAAAGGAAUGUUAAAGACAAAGCUUUAACACCCAUGUAUUUUUGGAUUGUCGAAGAGGGUAAAAACUCUUGGGUAUUGCCGCAGAGGAAGAAAAGAAGAAAAAAUCAAUCAAAAGGAUAUAUUCAUUAAUUGAUUUAGAGGCCUUUAGCCGGGAAGAGGCAGGGCUUUUGUAUUGGCUUGAAUGGACCCUGUCGUUCUGGAUGAUAUCAUAAACAGGCUUCAGGAGGUCAAGGGUUCUAAGCCUGGAAAACAAGUUCAGCUCUCUGAACCGGAGGUUCGCCAGCUUUGCGUUACUUCUAAAGAGAUCUUCCUGGGACAACCUAACCUGUUGGAGCUCGAGGCACCCAUCAAGAUCUGCGGUGACAUCCAUGGACAGUAUUCUGAUCUUUUAAGGCUUUUUGAAUAUGGUGGCUUGCCUCCUCAAGCAAAUUACUUAUUUUUAGGGGACUAUGUAGAUCGUGGCAAACAAAGCCUAGAAACAAUAUGUCUUCUUCUUGCAUACAAGAUAAAAUACCCUGAAAAUUUUUUCCUGUUAAGGGGCAAUCAUGAAUGUGCCUCAAUCAAUCGUAUAUAUGGCUUCUAUGAUGAAUGCAAGCGCAGAUUCAAUGUGAGGUUAUGGAAAAUAUUUACUGACUGUUUUAACUGCCUUCCGGUGGCAGCUCUCAUAGAUGAGAAGAUACUUUGCAUGCAUGGGGGUUUUUCACCGGAUCUUCUCAAGUUAGAUCAAAUCAGGAGUAUAUCUCGGCCUACAGAUGUUCCAGAUCAAGGAUUAUUAUGUGAUCUUCUUUGGUCAGAUCCUAACAAAGAUACCCAGGGAUGGGGAAUGAAUGACAGAGGAGUAUCAUAUACAUUUGGUCCUGACAAAGUCUCUGAGUUCCUUGAGAGCCAUGAUCUAGAUCUCAUUUGUCGAGCUCAUCAGGUGGUGGAGGAUGGUUAUGAGUUUUUUGCUGAUAGACAACUUGUUACAAUCUUUUCAGCGCCAAAUUAUUGUGGCGAGUUUGACAAUGCUGGUGCAAUGAUGAGUGUGGAUGAAACACUGAUGUGCUCCUUCCAGAUUCUUAAGCCAGCAGAGAAAAAACAAAAGUUUGGUUUUGGCAACUCAAAUGUUUCAAAGCCUGGAACACCCAUACGAGGAGCUAAGGUUAGCUCACUUUGAGUUCAAGAUGGAACCACACUCCUUUCUGUACAUGUACUUAUAUUGAUUGGUAUUAUACUGAUCACAUCUGUUCCAAGGGAAUAGGUUUCCCCAUGUUUUUUAAUCAUCUGCUGAUGAAAUGUUGCAGUAAAGAAUCAUGCUGUGUAUGUUAAAGAACUAUACACCAAUUAUACAGGAAGAGCACCUGUGAUUCUACUCAUGAUUUGCAUGAGAAAUUUGUUUUCUGCUUUUUUAUUGGCGCGAGCAAACCUUUAUAUAUUUCUUGGUUGUGCAAUAUCUGAGUGUAUGUGAUCAUCUUGUUUUUAAAAAGGCUGCUUGAAAGGUCUUCUUGUCAAAUGA